AUGGCGUCCAAUGAUCAGAAAUUCCCACCACAGAAACAAGAAACUCAGCCUGGAAAAGAGCAUUUAAUGGACCCAACUCCACAGCCUGCUAGCCUGGAAUAUAAACCUGCUAACAAGCUUCUAGGUAAAGUGGCGGUGGUGACCGGAGGUGAUUCGGGCAUUGGGCGAGCCGUGUGCCUUUGCUUUGCGUUAGAGGGUGCAACGGUGGCUUUCACAUAUGUGAAGGGUGAUGAGGACAAAGAUGCAGCGGAUACCCUUGGAAUGUUGAAGGAAGCUAAACAUUCUGAUGCAAAAGACCCGAUGGCGAUACCGGCAGACUUAGGGUAUGAUGAGAAUUGCAAGGGAGUUGUUGAAGUAGUAGUGAAUAACUAUGGAAGAGUUGAUAUUCUUGUUAACAAUGCUGCUGAGCAAUACAAGGCAAGCUCAAUUGAAGAGAUCGACGAAGCGAGGCUCGAGAGGGUGUUCAGAACCAAUAUAUUUUCUUACUUCUUUAUGGUCAGGCAUGCUUUGAAGCAUAUGAAGCAAGGGAGUAGCAUAAUCAACACAACAUCAGUGACUGCAUACAAAGGAAAUGAUAAGUUACUCGACUACACAUCGACAAAAGGGGCGAUUGUGGCGUUCACUAGAGGACUUGCAUUACGACUUGCGAAGAAAGGAAUACGCGUAAACGGAGUGGCGCCUGGUCCUAUUUGGACACCUCUAAUUCCGGCGUCUUUCAGCGAAGAAGAAAAUGCAAACUUUGGGAAAGAAGUGCCAAUGCAGAGGGCAGGACAGCCAAUAGAGGUUGCUCCAUCUUAUGUCUUUCUUGCUUCAAACGUGGACUCUUCUUAUAUCAGUGGACAGAUCCUCCAUCCUAAUGGUGGAACCAUAAUCAAUGGCUAG